AUGAAUAUGAAUGAGCUGGUGCAAACCACCUUCAAAACAAUCUCUUCAUGCAUUGAAACCCUAGCACAGCUUAGUAUCCAGCAUCUACAGUAUCAAAAAAAUGAUUCGGUACAGUCUGCAGAAGACUGCCGUCGGGAUUUCAUUGCAAGACGGCCAUUUUACAAGCUUGCCAGGGACAAGAACUUAUCUCUGCCAUGUUAUGAGAAUGGUCCAUUCAAACUGGUGUGA